CGGGGCAUUUCGAUAACGUACCAAGGACUCAGCCGGAGGGUAAUUAACUUCUGGCCACCGCUCAAUCGCUCAAUUGCUCAAUCAUCGAUCCAUCAAUCAACCAGUCUCCAAUUUAGUUCACUAAUUCUCACCUCACCCACUACCACUACCACCACCACCACCACCACUACUACCGUCACAUAUUCCGCACUUUUUCUUUGCUUUCCCUCAACAUGUGCGCCGACAAUGCCCCUCCACCUGAAAACGAUGACAGUAUCAUUGAGCCGGAUGACUUCGACGACAACGACUCCACUUAUCCCGACUCGCUGGACGAUGCCAGCUAUACAUCCAGUCUCGCUUCGAGUGCUAUGAACUAUGCCUAUGAGAACGGUCGCAGAUAUCAUUCCUAUCAUGAGGGUGAAUAUGUUCUACCCAAUGACGAACGAGAGCAAGAUCGCCUCGAUUUGAGUCAUCACAUCUAUAGCAUGCUCCUGAAAGGGGAAUUGUACCGGGCGCCCGUCCAAAACCCCGCUCGCGUCUUGGAUCUCGGCACGGGCACGGGGAUCUGGGCAAUGGACUUUGCGGAUGCGAAUACGGGAUCAGAAGUUAUCGGCAACGACCUCAGUCCUAUCCAACCAGCAUGGGUCCCCCCAAACUGCCGCUUCGAAGUCGACGACUUCGAACAACCCUGGUCGUACAGCAAACCGUUCGACUACAUCCACGGCCGCGAGCUGGAGGGCUGCAUCCGCGACGUCGAUCGGCUGAUGGCGCAGGCGUUCGAGAACCUGCGGCCACGGGGGUACUUCGAGAUCGCGUCGAUGGAGGUCAACACGUACUCGGACGACGGGACGCACCAGCGGGCGACGACGCUGCUGGAGGGGAUCAAGUUCAUGCACGACUCGGCGCGCAAGUACGGCAAGGACAUGCAGACCGUGCACGGGUGGAAGGAGAAGAUGGAGAAGGCGGGGUUCGUGAAUGUGCGGGAGGAGAUUUACAAGCUACCGCAAGGCCCCUGGGCCAAGGACCCCAAGAUGAAGGAUCUGGGCAAGUUCCACCAGGUCAACAUGCUGGAGGCCAUGGGGCCCUACUGCUACGCGCUGUUCACGCGCGUGAUGGGCUGGCAGCAGCCCGAGAUCGAGGUGUUCGUGGCCGGGAUCAAGAACGAGCUGCGCGACCCCAGCAUCCACCUCUACACCAAAGUCCAUAUUGUGUACGGGCAGAGGCCGGAAUGACAUUGGGGUGCGGGUGGGUUGUUGUGUGCGCUGGGCGUGCUGUUGGGAUCAUGGAGUUUUGUGGAUGGUGGCUUCGUGAUGAUGACGUUGAUGACGUUGAUGACGGCGUGUUCCUCGGUCUGAGUUGAUGAUUUAGCGCUGGCUACUUUUAAUGAGAAUGACCACUAUUUUUACUACA